AUGUCCUCCCAACAAGCCCAGAGUCCAACGAGUAGCGGGGCUAAACCCGCAGACUAUGUUUAUUUUGAACGAUCUACGGCAGGUUUCUCCAAGGAUGCACUCCCCAAGGCCACAAUGGCAAAGCUGAAACUCGAGCACUUUUACAAAGUCGCUGUCGAGUCUGCAAUCGAGAGAAAUACGAGGCGUGUUGAGCUCGAACAGCGACUACAAGGUGACGCGGUAAUGACUGAAGACCGCAAAGUCCGUCAGCUCCAAAAUCUUGGUCGUAAAGAAUCGACCUUUUUGCGUCUCAGACGCACAAAACUUGGCCUUGAAGACUUCAGGACAGUUAAAGUAAUCGGAAAAGGUGCUUUCGGAGAGGUCCGUCUCGUGCAAAAGACUGAUACCGGAAAAAUCUAUGCCAUGAAAACCCUGCAAAAGGCCGAGAUGUUAAAGCGAGAUCAACUUGCUCACGUCCGUGCUGAGCGUGACGUCCUCGCCGAGUCCGACUCACCAUGGGUUGUCCAACUGUACUACUCUUUCCAGGACCCAGCUUACCUAUACCUCAUCAUGGAGUUCCUUCCUGGCGGAGACUUAAUGACCAUGCUGAUCAAGUAUGACACCUUCUCUGAGGAUGUCACCAGGUUUUACAUGGCUGAAUGUGUUCUUGCCAUUGAGGCGGUUCACAAGAUGGGUUUCAUUCAUCGUGAUAUCAAACCCGACAACAUUCUAAUUGAUAAAGACGGGCAUAUCAAGCUUUCUGACUUUGGGCUUUCUACUGGUUUCCACAAACAACACGAUUCAGCUUACUACCAACGGCUCCUAGACCAGGCCAAUGGCAUAGUCUCUCCAACUGGUGCCAGCAAUGCGGGGCGUAACAGUGUCAUGGUUAACCCUAUUCACUUGACAAUGACUAGCCGUGAAACUAUCCUCACAUGGAAGGCAAACCGAAGAAAACUGGCAAGUUUGUUGGCGUAUUCUACCGUGGGUACUCCGGAUUACAUUGCACCUGAAAUCUUCUUGUUGCAAGGUUACGGAAACGAAUGCGAUUGGUGGUCUCUAGGAGCUAUUAUGUUCGAAUGCCUUGUCGGGUACCCGCCUUUCUGCUCAGAAACAACACACGAGACCUACAAGAAAAUCAUCGAUUGGAAGAAUCAUUUGGUUUUCCCCGAUGAUGUGCAUCUGAGCAGGGAAGCCGAAGAUCUUAUUCGCAGGUUGAUCUGCGGUCAAGAUCAAAGGCUAAACGUUGAGCAAAUUAAGCAGCACCACUUCUUCUAUGGCGUCGAUUGGGCAACGAUUCGCAACAUUGACGCUCCUUUCAUCCCCCACCUUCGCUCCAUCACAGACACAUCAUAUUUCCCCACAGAAGAAUACGAGAAUGUACCCGACCAACCUGCGGGAGCGGAUACUUCUGGAGCUCACAAGGAUCUUGCUUUCUUGGGAUACACAUUCAAGCGAUUCUCGAUCAAUUCUCACGCCUUCUAG